AAGUCAAUGUGCGGACACAAAGGCUCCUGUUAACCCGCUCUGUCUGUCAGAGUCCGCAGACUCACGGGACGCUGACAUGGAGCCGGUGUACCGGGGUCUGGGCCGCUGCGUGUGCUGUUUCUGGCUCGCGGUGGCCUUUGACAUUGUGGGACUGGCGGUGCUGCUCCUCGGGGUGUUCGUUAACGUCUUCUUCUAUGACCUGCUCAUCUACGCCGGCGCCAUCGUCAUCUUCCUCAGCCUCAUCUGGUGGGUGUUCUGGUACUCCGGGAACAUCGAGGUGCCCCCGGCCGAGCUCGAGGAUGAUGUGGGCUUACUGAAGAAGGACAAGGGCGGUCUGAGCGCUGUCAGCGGGGCGGUGAGGCGCCUGUCCAGCCGCGUGUCCAGCGGCAUCAGGAACUCGUUCCGGAGGAACGGAGCACCGGCCAGCGGCCGCGCGGCCCGCGCACACAGGUCAGCCGGAGGGCCGCACGCCGACCAGGUGGCUGUUGCUAUGGCAACGAUGACCCCACGGGAGGAUACCCCGCACACAACUGUCUCCUCAGUGGCUGGCUGUGACGUAGAAAUGCCGCACACAACGACAGAGACUUCACCUACAUGAUGUCGCCCACAGAGACGUGAGAGAGCCUGUCCCGCAGUCCUGCAGUGUCUUCAGCUGACUCCUG